GGGUGGCCAAGCAUGUGAGGAUGCAUCGACAUCUUUGAUCAUAAGAGAGAAGAUGAUGGCGCUUGCUCGCCUACAUAGACAGCCUUGCUCGUACAAAAGACUACAUUUACUUAAUAACAAUGAUCAAAUUCGAAAUAUAGAUAUAACAUACGCUAUCACCUGGUUUUGCAAAUUUCACAAAGAGAUGGUCUGAAGGGGAAAAUAUCAUCAGAGAUCGACGGAAGCAAAAUGAAAUUAUGAAGAUCCAUAGAGAUCUAGAUGAAUUCUCAUUUGGAGGAUCGACGAGGAAUUCGAAACCUAGUUUGAAACCUCGAACUUCGAAGCACUCCGAUCGACUAGGACCACGCCGGCCUCAUCGUUACGGAUAUUUGGUCCUGUCCAAGUUUAAAGUCCGACCCACCUCACUGAGCUGGAUGUUGCCGUUUGAACAACCGUUACUCUCUCCAUGUCCAAAUCUGAAGCCCCCUGCAGACAACAGGUGAAUACUGAUCGAUCGAUCUAUGAUAUUUUACUAUCAUUGGGCAACUUCGAGUCUUAUUGGGCUUGUGUUUCUAGGAAGUUCUAUGACGAAGACUUGAACACGACCCCUCAAGUAUGUUCAACGUGCCAUGACAGUGCACUGAACAGAUUUGAGGAGUCCUGUCUUACCCUUGUCAUGAAACCGGCAGUGCAGGUCCUCAAUUAUAGAACAAGCACUGUUGCCCUGGCCACAAGAAUGUCACGAAAUUGUCAGAAUUACCAAACCUCUAAACGGCGAGCCAACGCGAAUGGUACCCGACGUAUGCAUACGUCCCAAUACCAACAUUUUAUUCCACGUUUCAUACUACGAGGAUUCCAAGUCGGAUCUGUGAUGUCCAGAAAAGAACGAGAAGAAGAAUUUCAACGCACUGGCGUUGAUACCGAAUGUAUCAUUUACUAUGAUGUUGCUACGGGCAGCCUUGACAUUCGUCCUAUUCGAAAAGUUUACGGCGUAAUGGGUAUCUAUUCGGAUGUCAAUAACACCAGAAAUAUCAACGAACUAGAACAGAAGCUAGCGCACCUCGAAUCUCAGGCAGCCUCCAUGAUCGAGAGCUUGCAUAAAGUGCUUCCUCGGGGUAUUAUCACUCUGGAGCGCAGUUCUUUGGAGCUCCUGCAAAAAUUCCUAUUUCUCAUGCGUUUUCGCAAUGAACCAUGCUCCAGUAAAGCCUUCGAAGUGAAUUGUCUGGAAAAACAGGCCCGUUGGUGGGUUGAAGACAUCCGGAAGGCAAUCGUGUUCGAUCUGCUGCCGAUAUGUGGCGGCGUACCCUCAGAUACUACCUAGAUUCCUCGCAUUCAGACCUCAUGCGAGAUGCAGCAAAUGUUGUAGAGUGGUGAAGAAGCACUUGGGAAGCUGCGGAAGAGGAAGAAUUUAUACUCACGCGCAAUGCAUUCGGUUUAUCGGAAGGUUCCUCAGCUCGCUGCCCUGCCUUGCACCGCAUAUUCGU